CCCGAAUUUGGACGCCGGUGUUUUAUCUGUUUCUUUGUAGUUCUUCAUUCAUUACCAUUUAAUACAAAUCGUUUUAUUACUCUGUUAUCAAGACACAACUAGUACUGUUUUACUUGAUAUUACUCCUUAAUAAUACUACAGUAACUAAUAGUAUACCACAACUAAUAGUGCAACACAACACCUAAUAGCACUAUAGCCACUAUCGCGACUAGUAAAUUACAACUUAUAUACUACUAGUCCUUACUACUCUUUCUAUUUUUACUUGCUUCAUUCCCACCGCAGUCAUACCACAGUCACAGUAUCACUAUGACCUGCUAAUACAGCUACAGACAACACACCUAUCCAUAAUGACUGCACCAAAAGUAACCUUUGACUUUUUUGACAUGACUCCCCCCAACGAAAGCUAUAUACAAAUGGCCGGAGGCCAUGGGUCUCCUUCCAACUCAAAUUCCAAAAGACCCGAGAAGAUAACCAUUUCCUCCAGCACCUCGGACAUGAAGUUGAUUGACUCAACUAGCUCCAUCAACUCGUUGUUCGAUAACGUGGGCAACAGCUACAGCAAAAAUACCACCACAGCCACAUCGCCCGUGAUUUCCCGCGUUGACCUGAACUUCUUUUCAUCUGGUACGAACUCGGCUGCUAACUCAUUCGCCAACCCUUACCUCGUACCCAGACUUUCUCCUCUUGAAUUCACAUCGUUGGUCAACGAGAAGUUGAUUUCUCAGCACGAGAAGCUCGUGAUAAUGUUGUCGGGUUUGCCAGCUUCUGGAAAGAGUACUAUCUCCAGACAGCUCAAGAACUACAUCAACGCUACCAGCAACUUCACGGCCGAAAUCUACAACGCAGGCAAUGUACGUAGAAUGAACAAAAGCUUUGACAACUCCGACUACUUCAAGCCAGACAAUGUUCAAGGCAAAAUCGACCGUGAGAAGUACGCUGAUAUCACCGUCAACAACUUGAUCAACGACUUGAACUCCAACGUGAUCCAGGUAGGUUUCUUGGACGCCACCAACACUACCAUCGAAAGAAGAAAGAGAAUGAUGGACAUUAUCUCCAAGAACACGACCAACACCUGGGUUGCCAUCAUGGAUGUUCAGUGCACGAGCAAGAGAUUCAUCAACUUCAACAUCUCAGGCAAAGCGCACAACAACGACUACAAGGGCAGAAACUAUGCCGAAGCCGUGAGAGACUUCAAGAAACGUUCGGAACACUACUACAAGGUUUUUGAGCCCAUCACUUCCGAAGAACUCGAACUCUACCCACUCGCAGUUUACUUGAAGAUAGUCAACUGCGGUGAGAGCUUUGAGUUGAAAAAUGUAGAUCCUGGAUUCAAGGAAUAUCUGCAAUUAUACAAGGUUAUCAGUGAGUUUGCUUCUCAGUACUACGACAACGAGGGCAAACGCUACACUGAAGCCGUAGAUGCUUUCUACAAUAAUUCCAUCAAUGCCGCCAACUUCGUGCACUUUGGAUGAUUAAGAUCGCAAUAAACUAUCAUGAGUACACUUACAUUAUAGAAAUGACCACAUUACGGGUUACAGGAUAGGACAAAACUGGACACACCAAUUGAUGAUUUUACAAUAGAGAACACAAUACCAAUUGAUGACACUACUAAGAGAACACAUUCAUGACAAUAAUCAUUCAUUCUAAUUCACACACUAUCGGUUUAGGUUUACAAGAGUAUAUUCACUUCACUUCAAUCUUGCCACCGUCACGGUUGUCUGAUUCUUAUCAGUGCACCAUCUGACUGUGGUAUUGAGCUAUUUUUUAUGUACAGAAGGUUUCUUUACACACAUAAAAUAUUUUUUGUUAUUUU